CAAAGCUUAACCAUAAUAAUAAUAAUAGUAAUAAUCAUAAUAAAACUGCUCUAUUAAACCCCUCAGCCGUAGCCGCCCGUCCGUCCGGCCGUCUCUGCACUUGCACGCUGGAAAAGAACACCGAGCUAUCUAACUCACUACUCAGCCAGAGUCCAAUACUUUUGGGAUUUGGAGGGCAGUGGUUCGGAAGCCAAAACUCUAAAGUUGGUCGGCAAACUCAUAAACUCUGACUCCACUAUUUCCCUUAUAACAGCAAUCUUUCAGUUUAUUUAUGAAUCAUGCUGUAUCCUUUACACCAAGACAUAAACAUCUUUUCAAAACCAUCCUUAACUACACCCAUGAGAAGAAUCUUCCCAAAGGUAGAUGUCUUCAUGGACAUCUCAUCAAAAGCGGCUCAAUCUCCUGCAUCUAUCUCUCCAACAGCGUUGUUAACUUCUACGCUAAGUGCAGUAUACUGCGAGAUGGCCAUCUAGCAUUCAAUGACAUUAGUAACAAAGAUAUUGUCUCAUGGAACUGCCUCAUCAAUGGCUACUCUCGACUGGGUAGCCAAGGCUCAUCUAUUUCCGUGCUGAACUUGUUCAAGCAAAUGAGGAACCAAAACGCUGUUCCGAAUUCCCAUACCUUUUCCGGCAUUUUCUCUUCUGCGUCAUAUUUAGGGAACACAUUUGUUGGUAAACAAGCCCAUUGCUUGGCGGUAAAGCUGAGAGUCUUGGAUGAUGUGGUUGUGGGUAGCUCAGUGAUUAACAUGUACUGUAAGUCUGGGGAGAUUGGUGAUGCUCAUAAGAUGUUUGGCGAAAUGCCUGAAAAAAAUUCUGUGUCUUGGGCCACAAUGAUAUCAGGGUAUGCUUCUCUAAGGCUCCCUGGUGAAGCUUUGGGUAUUUUUAUGAUGAUGUUGAUAUCUGAGGAGGACAUCAAUGAGUUCGCCUUGACUAGUGUCCUUAGCUCUUUCACAUUUCCUGAGUUUGUUGUUGCUGGCAAGCUAAUCCAUUCUAUUUCAGUAAAAAGCGGAUUGAUAUCUAUUGUCUCCGUUGCCAAUGCUUUAGUGACUAUGUAUGCAAAGUGUUGCAGCUUGGAUGAUGCAUAUGAAGCAUUCAAAUCCUCAAAUAUCAAAGAACCUAUCACCUGGUCUGCCAUGGUCACUGGUUGUGCACAGAAUGGAUACGACGAGAGAGCGCUGGAGCUGUUUUCAGAAAUGCAUUUCUGUGGGGUGACUCCUACUGAGUACACUCUUGUGGGAGUCCUUAAUGCAUGUAGUGACAUUGAGGCAGCCGUUGAAGGAAGACAGAUCCAUGGAUACCUUUGGAAACUAGGAUUUCAGUCUCAGAUAUAUAUUAUGACUGCAUUAGUUGACAUGUAUGCUAAGUGUGGGAUGAUCGGUGAUGCUAAGAAUGGCUUCGAUUCUCUAGGGGAGCCAGACAUUGUUUUAAUGACUUCAAUGAUUGCAGGGUUCGUCCAAAAUGGGGAUAAUGAGAGUGCUAUUAAUAUGUAUUGGCAGAUGACAAAGAAGGAUAUAUUACCAAACGAAUUAACAAUGUCAAGUGUGUUAAGAGCUUGUUCGACCCUAGCUUCUUUAGAGCAAGGAAAACAGUUACACACACAUACCAUUAAAUAUGGGCUUACUCUCACUGUUCCUGUUGGUAGUGCCCUUGCAACUAUGUACACAAAGUGUGGGACCCUUAAAGACGGGAACCUAGUCUUCAAGAUGAUGCCAGACAGAGAUGUUGCUUCUUGGAACUCCAUGAUUUCUGGCCUUUCCCAAAACGGGCACGGGGUAGAAGCACUUGAACUGUUUGAGGAGAUGCGUAAAACGGUUGUUGAAAAGCCAGAUCAUGUCACUUUUGUGAGCGUCUUGUCAGCUUGUAGCCAUAUGGGCUGCGUAGAGAAGGGACGGUAUUACUUUCGAAUGAUGCCAGAUGAGUUUGGUAUUGAACCUAGAGUGGAGCACUAUGCUUGCAUGGUUGACAUCCUCGGUCGCGCCGGGAAAUUAAAUGAGGCUAAAGAGUUUAUAUUGUCUUCUACAAUUGACCACGGUCAGUGUUUGUGGCGUAUAUUACUUAGUGCAUGUCGGAAUUAUAGAAACUACGAGUUGGGAGUGUACGCCGGGGAAAAGUUGAUGGAGUUAGGGUCAUUGGAGUCAUCCGCUUACAUUUUGCUGUCGAGUAUUUAUUCAGCUCUUGGCAGGGGAAAGGAUGUCGAGAGGGUUAGGCGUUUGAUGAGUGUACGUGGUGUGAACAAGGAGCCAGGGUGUAGUUGGAUUGAAUUGAAGACUCGAUUUCAUGUUUUUGUUGUUGCCGAUCAGUUGCAUCCAGAGAUUUCCGCAAUCCGUGAGGAGGUUAGGAUGCUGAGCAAGUUGAUGAAGGGUGAAUAUGCUGAUGAGGAACUGGAUUUGGAGCUUAGGUUGGAGGGUCUUUAGAGUUGAUAUUACAUUGUGGGUUUUUACAGUCAAGAAAGCUUAAUGAUUUUAUCAAGUAGAGAGCUUCAGUGCACUCAUAGACAUGGGUCUUUUCAAGAGACAACUCAAAACAUUCUCACACUGUGGAAGAGGGACCAAUGGGUUACAGAUAAGCCUACGUCUUCAUCAAGGAAGGAUCUACUCUUCUACGACUUGUUUGGUUGGAGAUUUUCGGAAGCGAGAACCAAGGUCAAUGAGCUGAGGAAUAAAAGCAAAACAGAGCUGCUUGCUCAGUUGAAAGAUCUCAAUAUGGAGCUCGCCCUCCUCCGUGGCGCUAAGUGUUUGGGUGUUCUACUUCAAAUGUAACUAUUCAAAUGAGCUUAAAUUGACUCCAACUGGAUGCAGCAAGGUAGUAAGAGCGUCAAUUGCACAAAUGUUGACUAUGAUCUCAGACACAGAAAAGAGUGUUCUAAGGGAAGCAUACAAGUAUUUGCUUCUUGAUCUCUGCUCCAAGAAGACUAAAGCCAUCCGCAAACGUCUUACCAAAGGCCUCUGAAGACAGAGAGAGAAGGAGAUUUACGUCCUACUACGGAAAUGUGCCAUUAAAGUGUAGGACACAAUCUCUACUCUGUAGGUCCAUGUCCCUAUUCGGUGUGAAACUUUUGGCUGUGACUGAGUUUUAUCUAUUCGUUUUGUUUUUUUGGUGGGUAACAUUGUUUGACAACUCUAGCUUUGUAGUGUACUCGUGUUACAUUUACACACUUCAAUCUUCAAGAUAAAUUGAAAUAUUUUGUCAAAGAAUACAAAUUAUC